AUGUCUAACUGGGGAGUGACAGACGCAUAUAAUCAAACAAUCCAAUACUGCUUUCCAAACAACAAUUUUUCAUGUACCAAAAAUACCAAGCCUGGAGCUGAGUACAUUAUUGUGUACAUUUUCAUUUCUGCUGUGUCCAUGUUCACUGUGUUUCUAAACUUGCUGGUGAUCAUCUCUAUCUCUCAUUUCAAGCAGCUCCACACUCCUACCAAUGCGUUGAUCUUGUCUCUGGCAGUGGCUGAUCUGAUUGUGGGACUGAUUCUUACGCCAGUACAGGGCAUCAAAUUAAUUGAGCCAUGCUGGUACUUUGGAGAAAUAUUUUGCUCAAUAUUUCCUCUGAUUUUCUAUGUAGUUAUCACAGCAUCUCUUGGUAAUUUGAUUAUUAUAUCUGUGGAUCGUUACAUUGCUGUGCAUGACCCUUUGCGAUAUCCAACGAGGGUCAAUAAUAACAGAGCUGUUUUAUCUAUUGUUGUGAACUGGUUGUUUUCCUGCAUAUAUUCUUUUAUUAUCUUAUAUGAUUCCUUAUUCUAUCUAGAGGGAAAACACACAUGUAUUGGAGAAUGUCAACUUUUUAUUAAGUUGGGAUAUAUAAUAACAGAUGUCUUUGUUACUUUAGUGACACCUUGUUGUGUAAUUGUUUCUUUAUAUCUGAAAAUCUGCUUUGUGGCAAAACAUCAAGCUAAACAUUUAAAUUCAGUCACAGACAAAAAGGCUAGAUCAGAAAAAAAGGCUGCAAGAACCUUAGGGGUUGUGGUAAUAGUUUAUCUUCUUUGUUGGAUACCGUAUUAUAUAGCUGCUCUUACUCUUGGUCAAGACUCAGGUGAUUCUCUUGUAAUUAAUAUCAUGUAUUGGAUUGUAUGCAUGAAUUCCUGCAUGAAUCCACUCAUCUAUGCAAUGUUUUAUCGAUGGUUCAGAAUAUCAGCAAAAUACAUUUUGACUCUGAAAAUAUUUGAACCUUCAUCAGAAUACUUUAAUCUGUUUCCAGAAGAGAAAUUAUGA